AUGUCAGCUCCGCCACCGUGGCCCCUGUUCUUCGCACUCAUUAUGUCAGCAGCUGUCGCAUUUGGUGAAGGGCCGUCGCAGCUGAUUGAAGUGGAAAAUGUGGAACAGGAAGACGAAAUUCCUUCCCUCCUGGACCCCCUUGCCAAACCUGUCACCCCGCCGACCAUUGAGCCUCUUGAUCUUUCCGAUGCCGAAUUGGCCAAGCCCGUUUAUUUGACCCUUGAGGAGACUGACACGCUCUUUUUCCUCGACCUACCACCCACUUGGGUAGAGGCGGGCACUGAGAUGGCUGAUGCAGUGGCGCAGAGCAAUGCUGCUUACGAAGGACUCUUGGCUCGGCGGCAAAACAACCCUGACAGCUUUGCCGAGCGGGUAGCACAAACCAAUGUUCUGGGCGAGAAGCGCCGAGCCGUUCAAACCGAGGACGUCGCCCAGCACACGGCCACAGCAUGCCAGGCGUCAGCGGCCGACAUUCACGACACGUUUGAGGCCCUGGCUCUCUCACACGCCGAGCCAAGUGAUGACGAGGAUGAUCUCGACGUGCUGCGCGUGCGCCGCGUCAUGCGCUCGCGUGUCGGCACAGAGAUUCACACAGACCCACUCGCUUCCAAGCUGAAGCGAUCCGCCUCGUCGGCGGUCGAGCGACUGCCGGAAGCUCGAUGGACUGCCGUGGCCGCUGAAGGCACCAUGAUCAAGUCGCUCGAGCUCAUGGAGCGUGUGCUCCAGCAGCAAGCGCAUGGGGAUAUGCAAACAACCUUUGAACUUGGCCUCAAUCAGGACAUGGCUCACGAUAACCUACUUCCACAAGAACUGUGGCGCUAUACGGCGCGACCCUUGCGUGACUAUGCUGCCAUGAGCAUGGCUUGGAGUCCCGUUAAUCACCACGUUAUGGCUGUGGCCUACUGCAAGGGCGCUCCCAUUGAGCCCGGAAACCAGGGUUAUGUUGCGUGCUGGACCACCCAGCAUCUUACGCACCCCCAACGUCUGUAUCGCACACCUUGCGGCGUGACUUCCGUGGCUUUUUCCCAAGACGUGCCCAGCCUCUUGGCCGUGGGCCUCACGUCAGGUGACGUGCUGAUUUAUGACAUCACCAGCCGAAGUAGCGAACCCGUGGCCGAUACACGUUCGCUUCCCGUGGAGCAAAAGCACAUGGCCCCCAUCUGGCAGCUGCAAUUUGUGAGCUUGGGCCACGUGGCCACCAUCAAUGAUGGUCGUGAUGAGAUGCUGGUAUCUGCAUCAACCGAUGGCAAGCUGCUCAACUGGUCCCUGGCCCGAGGUCUGCAAUCUCGUCUUUUGCUGCAAGUCAAGCGUGUCGCCCCCCAAAGCAAGGCGCAUCAUGGCAAUGCCAACACGGCCUUUUUAGCUCGCCAGGCAGGCGUGUUGGCCUUUGACUUUUCUCAACGCCUUGCCAAUAUGUACAUGGUGGCCACGGAGGAUGGCCACGUGCACAAGUGUAGCAGUUCGUACUCGGACGCAUUCUUGGAAUCGUACUUUUCGCACACGGCCCCGGUCUAUCGGUUACGGUACAAUCCUUUUGCCACGGACAUUUUUGCAACUUGCUCGGCGGACUGGUCGGUGGCGCUGUGGAGCGAACGGCAAAGCUCGCCGUCAUGCAUCUUCAAUGCGAGCAAGAAUCCAGUGAGCGACCUGGCCUGGUCCCAUGAGCGCGCCACGGUCAUGGCCACGCUCGUCGAGGACCGUCUCCAAUUGUGGGACCUUGCCGAGAACGACCAAGACCCGGUCCGCGAGUUACGGCCCUUUGGCAAGGACGUCAAGCUGACGCAAAUCGUCUUCAACCCGCAUACACAUGCGCUAGCCGUGGGAUCGGCAACUGGCGAUGUUGUGGUGUUGCAACUGCCCUCCAUGAGCCCUGAAUCGGAUCAUGGCGAGGCAGCUCUGCGCAAAGUGUUGCACGCGGCGCGACGGAAUGCCAUGACAGAUGAUGCCGAGCCGGACGAGGUUGAGGGAGCCGACAACAACCAGGCAUCAGGGUCUGAUUCCAAAACACCAGAGGCAGCCACAACCCCCAUACCCGCGCCAGUCACGCCGGCCCCUGAUGCGGGCGCCACCCCAGCUUAA